AUGGAAAUGCUUGUUAGCGGCUGGGGAAACCGUGACCCAAGCACGUGGGAUCCUCCAAUCGAAUUGCAUGAGGUGGUUGUCUUCGCAGACACUUAUCAGAGAUGCUCGAAAGCCUACGGUCUCAUCACUCCAAGCAUGUUCUGUGCUAGUGUCAAAGGAGGAGGUAAAGAUUCUUGCCAGGGUGACAGUGGUGGACCAAUCGUCAGUAACUUCGCUGCGGACACCCAUCAGGAUGGUGUACUGCUUAACGGUAUAGUCAGCUUUGGCUGGGGUUGUGCAGAGGCCACACAUCCCGGAGUCUACACAAAGAUAGCCAACUAUUGUACCUGGUUGAAUACAAAUUCUAAUGGCGACGUCAAUUGUGUGUAA